GCGCUCAGAUGACGUACAAUGAGUGCGACUCGGGUAUCAACAUGCGGGAUGGAUGUGUUGACUUCAGGCAACGUGUGAAGUGAGAAAUAAGUAAUUUACAUCACCACAGCAACCAAAAUAUUUAAGUUUGGGUAUUUUACGUGAACAAGAUGGCAAAUACCAACCUUCAAUUCAAAACAAAUUAUGUUGUCGAAAGCAAGAUUGAACCUUUUUACAAAGGAGGAAAAGUGCAGAUCAGCAAAGAUGAAAAGUACAUCUUUUGCACUUGUGGAUCUCGUGUCAACGUUUUGGAGAUCAGCACAGGGAAGAUCGUCCACAGUGUGGAGCAUGAUGAUCAAGAGGACAUUACAUCGUUCACACUCAGCUGUGAUGAUGAGAUGCUGGUAACAGCUAGUAGAGCUCUGCUGUUAAAGCAGUGGGACUGGAGGCAAGCUCAGUGUACUCGCUCCUGGAGGGCCAUUCAUACUGUUCCUGUAGCCAGUAUGACCUUUGACUCCACUUCUACUCUCCUGGCCACAGGUGGCUGUGAUGGCACUAUAAAGCUUUGGGAUGUGGUGAAGCAGUACUGCACCCACAACCUUAAAGGCUCAUCUGGCGUUGUGCACCUGGUCCAGUUCCACCCAGACAUCAGCAGGCUGCAGCUCUUCUCUUCCUCUCUAGACUGUGGCAUUCGGCUGUGGGACCUGCGCUCCAGCCGGUGUAUGUGUGUGCUGCAGAGCCACUACAGCGCUGUCACCUCACUCAGCUUCAGCCCCGAUGGUGGCACCAUGGUCAGUUCUGGCAGGGACAAGAUCUGUACAGUGUGGGACCUGGAGACUCGGAAAGCCAAGAGAACUGUGCCAGUCUACGAGGCUGUGGAGGGUGUUGUACUGCUGCCUGAGGAUAAGGACUUGUCUGAGAUUGGAGUGAAGAGCAAAGACUUGCAUUUCAUCACUGCUGGAAGCAAAGGUGUAUUGCGAGUAUGGGAGGCCAGCACGGCGCGUUGUGUCUACACCCAGACCCCCCCCUCCCCCCUCACCGCUGUCUCUGAGGUGGAGGAGGAGAGGGACGACGACCCCCGCAGUCUUACGUUUCUCCUUCAUCUGCCCGCCUCCUCCAGACUGGCCACAGUCACAGCAGAACACAACAUUGUGCUCUACCAGCUGCCUGGUCUCACCACGCAGCAGCAGUUUGUGGGAUACAAUGACGAAGUGCUGGACGUGAAGUUUCUGGGUAAAGGGGACAGCCACAUCGUGGUGGCCACCAACAGCUGCCAACUGAAGGUGUUUGAGCUGCUCACCAACAGCUGCCAGAUCCUCUAUGGACACACAGAUACUGUCCUCUCACUGGACGUGUUCAAAAAGGGUUUUCUCUUUGCGAGCUGUGCGAAGGACAGGUCGGUGCGUGUGUGGCAGAUGGACAGUGACAGUGGACAGGUGCACUGUGUGGCUCAAGGCUCCAACCAUGCUAACGCUGUGGGCUCCAUCACCUGCUCCAGAAUGAAAGCAUCUUUCAUAGUGUCUGGCAGUCAGGACUGCACUGUGAAGGUGUGGGAUCUACCAGCAGACUUAUCUACGAGAGGGGCGGACGUACAUCAGCUGACCCCCCGUGCCACAGAGAAGGCACACGAUAAGGAUGUAAACAGCGUGGCGGUGUCGCCCAAUGACAAACUGCUGGCUUCAGGCUCCCAGGACCGCACAGCCAAGCUGUGGUCGCUGGCGGAGGAGGGGAACGUGGGCCUGCUGGGGGUGUUUAGGGGCCACCGUCGCGGCGUCUGGGCCGUCUGCUUCUCUCCUGUCGACCAGGUGCUGGCCACGUCCUCCGCAGAUGGCGCCACCAAACUGUGGAGCCUGCAAGACUUCAGCUGUCUGAAGACAUUCGAGGGUCACGAUGCAUCGGUUUUGAAGGUCAUCUUUGUGAGCCGAGGCACUCAGCUGCUCACCAGUGGCUCAGAUGGUUUGGUAAAGCUGUGGACCAUAAAGACCAACGAGUGUGUAAAGACGCUGGACGCCCACCAGGACAAAGUGUGGGGUCUCCAUGUCAGCCGCAAAGACGACAAGGUGGUGACUGGUUCAGCAGACUCUAACAUCACCGUUUGGGUGGAUGUGACUGAAGUAGAGCUGGCAGAGGAGCAGGCCAAGCAGGAGGAUCUGAUACUCAAGCAGCAGGAGUUGUCCAACCUGCUCCAUGAGAAGAAGUACCUGAAGGCCCUGGGUCUCGCCAUAUCACUGGACCAGCCUCACACUGUGCUCACUGUGAUCAAAGCGAUCCGUCAGGUGGAGAAUAGCGGCGAGCUGUUGGAGAAGACAGUACUGAAACUCCGAGUGGAUCAGAAAGAGUCUCUCCUGCGCUACUGUGCUGUGUGGAACACCAACGCCAGAAACUGUCAGGAUGCCCAGGCCGUCCUCCAGGUGCUCCUCACACACCUGCCACCUGAGGAGAUCCUGCAGUAUCAGGGCGCCCGAACCCACCUCGAGGGACUCAUCCCAUACACAGAGAGACACAUGCAGAGGAUUGGUAAUCUGCUGCAGGCGUCCAUGUUUUUAAACUACAUGUGGCAGAAGAUGAGAGUGGCCGGAGCACCAUCCAGCAUGGGCCAAGACGAAGAAAUGGAUACCACUCCGCUUGCACAGCCUUUCUUUAUGAUUGACAAGGAGAAAGGAAUGGGCAUCAGCGAUGAUGAGAAACGAGAUGGAGAUGACAGCGAUGGGGGACAAGAUGAAGAUCCAAAUUGCCCAGUUAAAGAAGCAGAGGAGGAGGAUGACGAUGAGGUCAGUUCCACCAAGAAAGCCUCCGCUAACGGCGGGCGAGUAGAAAACGGCGAGCGCACCAAAACAAAUGGCAACCACCACUCUGAAAGUGAGGAAAGUUCAGCAGAGGAAGCGCUGGAAGAAGAAGAUCAAACAACGGUAAAGGUGAAAUGUCUCCCUGUUUCUUCCACUCCACAAUGCCAGACUUUUGCAAGCUGACGAGGAUCUCCAAGCUGGUAACCGAUGACUCACUCCCUGAAAAUAAAAAACCCAGGAGGGGUGAUCUUAUCUCGGACCUUUAGCUGGAGUGACUCCCUGAAUGAUUAGCAGUGCAGGAAGAGAUGGAGAGACAGGUGUGGAGUGAUGGUGAUAAAUAUAAUAGGCCUCUCUGUGCAUUCCCAUGUCUCAGCAGCUCCAAAAUACUUUGUCUUGUGACAGUUACUAAAUUGUGCAUCGGUUCAUCCAUUCAGAGUUUGAGCAGAAUUUGAAGAAACUUAACCAUCCUAAUUUCCUCAGACAAAGUGGACAUUAGGGAAGAAAGGAGGAGAGACUGAAGGAAGACAGACCUGCAUUAACAAUCGGGCAUUGAGCCAGGGUUAUCCUCCCCCACUGCAGAAACCAGCACCCAUUGUCUAGUUUUUUUUUAUGUUGUGUAGUCCUGAUCUACUGGCUCAACCACAACACAAAAGGUUCCUUUCAUAACCACAGAUUGUUUUUUUAAUGUCAUGACUACAAAUGUUUAUAAAAUAAAAAUCUGUUCUUUGUGAUUUAAAGUUA